AUGCUAAAUUUUUCUAGGGCCAGAAGUCAGCCAAGGGCAGCCAGAUCCAUGUCAUUAGGAGGUAUGGAUUAUGUGGAUCCAAAACGGAAGGGGAAUUUUAUCGGGAAGGUUUGUCUUGUUGCAGCAUUAACUACAUUGUGCAUUUUGGUGAUCAAGAAAUCUCCGUCCUUCACUUCUCCCAGUCCGUUUUCUAUCCAUGAACCUGGGGUCACCCAUGUUUUAGUGACAGGAGGUGCAGGCUAUAUCGGCUCACAUGCUACCUUACGACUCCUUACGGAUUCUUAUCGAGUCACCAUUGUGGAUAAUUUGUCGCGUGGAAAUUUAGGUGCUGUCAGGGUUCUUCAAAGCUUAUUUCCAGAAUCUGGAAGGCUUCAGUUUAUACAUGCUGAUUUGGGAGACGCAAAAUCUGUCGAUAAAAUAUUUUCAGAGAAUAAGUUUGAUGCUGUGAUGCACUUUGCAGCUGUUGCAUACGUGGGAGAAAGCACACUUUACCCUCUUAAGUAUUAUCACAAUAUUACAUCAAAUACAUUGUUGGUGUUGGAGGCUAUGGCUAAAUAUAAUGUGAAGACGUUCAUAUAUUCAAGUACAUGUGCAACAUAUGGAGAACCUGACAAGAUGCCCAUUACAGAAGUAACAGAACAGAAACCGAUCAAUCCAUAUGGAAAAGCCAAGAAGAUGGCCGAAGAUAUCAUCCUUGAUUUUUCUAAAAAUUCCAAGAUGGCAGUAAUGAUUCUAAGAUACUUCAAUGUGAUUGGAUCAGACCCUGAAGGGAGAUUAGGUGAGGCCCCAAGACCCGAACUUCGGGAACAUGGUCGAAUUUCAGGUGCAUGCUUUGAUGCAGCUCGCGGUAUCACACCUGGCUUGAAGGUUACAGGAACAGAUUAUAAAACAGCCGAUGGAACUUGCAUUCGAGAUUAUAUUGAUGUAACCGAUCUUGUUGACGCUCAUGUCAAAGCUCUUCAAAAGGCAACACCCAGUAAAGUUGGGAUCUACAAUGUUGGCACCGGAAAAGGCAGGUCAGUUAAAGAGUUUGUGAGUGCUUGUAAAAAGGCUACAGGCGUAGACAUCAAAGUAGACUUCCUUCCGCGACGGCCCGGGGAUUACGCCGAGGUGUACAGCGACCCAACUAAGAUCAGGCUCGAACUGAAUUGGACGGCGCAACACACUGACCUUGAAAAGAGCAUAGCGGUUGCAUGGAAAUGGCAGAAAUCUCGCCCUAAUGGUUAUGGGAGUUCUUAG